AUGUGCCUGGUUGGCCUCUCUUAUUUAGACCGGACGCGUACGAGAGCCUUUAUCAGUCGAUACCUUCAGAAAUUGAUGGGUGCCUGUCUUGGCAACCUGGCAUACCGGGCUGUCGGCCAAUGUGCGCCAUCCGAGCUACUCGCAACUCUUGCAUCCAUGUUGGUCGUGGCGUAUCUCGCUCUAGGAUUUCGUGAUGAUAUCGAUGAGUGUCAGGCACAGAUGAUUUGUGCAGAGAUGCUUCGCAUCGCGGACAGACAGGGCCUCUUUGCAGCGAACGAAGGUGACGAUCCAGCCGCUGAGAUUCGUCAGGUCCCUUCAGAUUCGGGUGGCCUUUGGAAAGCCUGGGCACGGGUCGAGUCUAUCAAGCGUCUGAUAUUCUGUUUCACCUGGCUGGAUAUGGCAUACGCCCGCCUCAUAAAAACAGCUGGAGUGAUCGACAUAGACAGUAUGGAGCUUCAUCUUCCAUGCGAUGAUGAACUAUUCGAUGGUUCAACAACAUCUGCAAGCUUUCUGCAAGCUAUCCAACAGGGCGGACAGCUGACAAUGCCGCGAAUCAACAUGUGCAAUAUCCAUGCAACUUCACCAUCGACCCUCAAUAACAACUCGGCCCAGAUCUUACUUCGCGCACUCUACCUCAAGGUUAUGGCUACUCGCUCUAGGCUCUUGGAAAAGACUUGGCGUCCGGGGCUGCGUCAAGCAAGUCCCAUCGAGGCGUUUGCUAUGGAUAACAAGGCCAAAAGCAUACUGUCUGAUGUCCUUCUGCUACCGGCUACUCAUGGAAGCAUUCUGAGUGGCAGAAAUCGAAUGAAUGCGCUAGGCUGGAACUAUUUGUGCAUAACGCUUACGGCGGAUAUAGAGCUGCUCGAAACUGCUUCCGGUCGUGAUGGCUUGGAGGCUGCCUCGGCAGCCCUGGUAGGUGUUGUGGAAUGGUCCCGAUCAACAAGCGCUCGAAGGGCAGUACUCCAUGCAGCGCAAGUAUUUGACAUUUUGGAUUCGUCACGGAUCCGCGAAUCACAUCUCACUCGGCCUGACCUUGUUCUGUUUGUUUCGGCGCUGGUAAUCAGCCAGUACGUUCUCGUAUCUAGCCAUAAGAAUGUCCCGCUGGGUGCUCCCACAUUCGAGCUGCUGCAAGACAUCGACUGGGCCUUAAUAAGAGAUGAUGGCCUGGGAGCUGUCACGGGGCUUCUUCCCCCUAGUUCACCGUUAGAGCAUGAACGAGCGCCAGCCAUGUCGAAUACACCACAAAGCUUCUUGCAGCAGGGAGGCCCAAUAUCCUUCGGUGGAGAGUUUCAGAAAUUUGGACAUAUAGCCGCAAGAAGAAUGGCGAGAAAGUUCGCCCACUUGAUGGAUGGCUUCGGCAAAUGGGACGGAUGCAGCUAUUCCCGGCUCCUGAGGGCCAUGUGUGGAUUCGUGGGCGAGGAUGAUAGAGAAUACUAG